GUUGUCAUCAAUGUUGGUAAGCUGUCUGUCGUCGCUUGGUUUGGAUGUGGAAUAAGUUUCAUUGCGGCUUUGACGUCGUACGAAUUCGAAUUUAGCGAAGAGCAUUGAAUGUUUCAGUUUUGUAAGAUUUUGAUGUGCAAUUUUUACGAAGCAACCAAAAUCAAUGAGUGGAUUAGGUGCGCCGUUGUGUUAUCAAAAUCGUAGUAGCUGAUGAGUUUUCCAGCCAUGGAUAAUGACAAAAGUGUAUAAAAAGAACGACGCAGUGUUGGACUGAAAAUCGGGGAAAAGUGGUGUUUUUAUUUUCGUUUGGCUUGAGCCAGCUGAGCUGGGCAAAAUUCUCGUGAGCAAACAAAAAGGGAUCGAAAAUUUCAAGUUCAAAUCGUCGCAGUGGUGUAAUUUGUUUCAUCGUGGUGCAACUUUGAUAAGGUUGCUCAAAUUGAGCCGUUUCUGGCGUGUUCGAACUGUCCAAUGCGAUGGACACAAAACAAGGUGACAACGCCGGCGAAGAAAGUUCUUCCGCCGCGUCUCUGAGUGCAGAAGAGUUUGAGAGUUGGACGCUUGUAGACCGUUCGCCAAAGGCCGGUCAUCUGAAAAUGAAACCCGGAGAACCGGAAAAGGAUCCCAUCGACAAGGAGGAAGUGGAAGACGAAGAAGAUGAAGAGGCAAGUGACGAGGAAGAUGAGGAAAGUGGUUCAUCGGAAGGGGAAGUCGAAGAGGAUGACGACGACGAAGAGGACAAGAGUGGCAAACCAAGUGGCGUGGAACCAGUGAAAAAUAAACCCAAACAAACUAAACGCGAAUUGGGUGAUGUUACCGAAGCACGUGAUGAAGUCCGCGAUGACGCUGGGGUUAACAGCAAGAAGAAACAUGCCGGCAGCAACAUUAGUCUACACUCUCAUGACGAAUGCUCUUCGGACGGUAUUAGCGUGAUAAGCGAAAGCGACGGCAGCGAUCACGCGCGACUACAUUUCAACAAACAAUUCAAACUCGAUCAGCUGCAACAAUCCAGCGUACAGCUCACGCCCCCUCUUUCGCCGGAAACGGAUGAUGAUCGCACAGAAGGACGAUCUAAACGAAAUAGGCAACUCAAGCGUAAGAAAAGUCAGGACGACGUUGACAAUGCACUGGUUCCAGACGACGCGAUCGUUCCAUGGAGGCAUGUCAAUCGAACUUCGUUCGUUAUAUUUAGCAUUGUCCUUACGGGGAUAGCCGCUAUCUUGGUUGGUAACUCGAGGAUGUACGAGAACCGCGUCACUAUUAACACUUUCGAUCAUGAGAAACGUCUCUCUGAACUGGAACUGGAGAAUACCAUCUUGAAGAAUGAGAUGAACAAGUUGAAGCAUUUGUACACUCGAUCGGAACUGGAUGAGCAAGUUCAGCAGGCUGAAUUUGAAUGGAUGCAAGCGAUGGACCAGGAGAUGCAUGAUCAUUCUUCAACGGAACCGGAGCCCCAACCGGAGCCGGAACCAUCGACAUCCGCUCAACCGGAACCGGAGCAACCACAAAUGCGAAGAGUUCCUCCCCAGGACGACAACGUUAGGCACAGAGUUGUGUGGUCAGGAGACGACGGGCAGCCUAUGCUGAUAGCCGACAAAGACUAUGUGCUACCCGAAUUCUGCUACAAUAAAAACGCUGUUCAAGACGAACUGUUUUCCGAAUACAGCUCCAAGUAUUGCGACAGCAAACAGCGUAAGAUUGAUGCAAAACUUAAGAAAGCCGAGUACUAUGCCGGCAAGCAUAACAAGCACAAGCAUCCCAGAGAUUACAAACAGUACAUCCACCCAACCCCAGAAGAAGUUGCUGAACAUCAAAAGCAGGCCACAGCUCCUCCACCGAAAGUCCCAUCUCUGUCCCCAUUCGACUUCGACUACCUUAGCGCAUUCGAAACGAUAAAAGAGGAAGGAUCAGUUAUCCUUCAAAGCCUGACAGCCAUCCUCGAUCUUGACCCGGAACCAGAAUUGCUACCACCCGUCCCAAGCGCGGGAUACCUUGCGGACGAUGAAGCUAGCAGCAGCACCAGUGCCAGCAGCGUUGGAAGCGCGCCAUCGCAAAGCAUCGAACAACCUUCCACCAGUUCCGCUCCGAUCAACUGGGGCGACUAUCCGCCGUGGGUUCGAGAAAAGUACGAAAACCAACCGGAAAUGUACCGGAAGCUGCAGAACAAAGCUCCACUGCUGUGGGAAUGGGAACGGAAGAAGAAUCAGUUCUUGGACGAGGUUGGAUUGAGUACGCUGGAGGAGGUAGAUCGGAAAACCGAGGAUGAACUGCGACAGCGGAGGGAGCAGUACGAAAAGGAGCGUGGCGGUCGUCGUCAGUCGGACGAGAGGGGAGGCGAGCAGCAGCAGUCGUACAAGCAGUACGACAAAUAUGACGAACGGAGGGCUAAAGAAGGGAAAUACGAUGAACGGAAGGAGUAUCGUCCGCGGAACGGUGAUGAUCGAUCACACGAGCACAAGGACCACCAUAAGCACCACAAGGAAUGGAAGGACAAAGAGUGGCGCAAUGGCGACAAGAGUCGCGAGUUCCAAGAAAAGCAACGUCGCGAUGAUCAACGACAACCAGACUUCGAAACACCUUCAACUUCCCGGGAAGGAUCGGGUCAGAAGCAGCAGUACAAGGCUAACGGUAGUGGACACGACAGCGGUGAAAGCAGAGAAGUAUCUUCCGGUGAUCGCGAUCCUCGUUACAAGAACAAACACGACUAUCGCAAAAACGGUGACCACAGUAAGUAUCGCAAAGACAGUGACGAGUGGAAGGACCACAAAAAGAAUGGAGAUCGGUACCCAAAACGCCGCGAUAGUGACGAACGCGGUGGUUCCGGAGAGGGCUCCCAUCCGAAAUUGCAUCAUCAGGAUGAGCACAAGAAGCCAUACAAAUCAUCCAAAGAAGAAUACCAUCACGAUAGGAAGUACGAUGAGAAGAAACCCUAUCACGAUCGUAGUGGCGAAGACGAUGAUGAUGAUGAUGACGACGACGAUGAUGAUGAUGAUCAUUAUAAGCGUCGUCAUCAUGAUAAGCAUUACCGUAACGGAGAUGAUUAUCGUAAGCACGAAAAGAAGGAAUGGCACGAUAAGCGACACAAGCACAAGAAGGGUGAUCACUGGAACAAGCACGAGGAUAAAAAAUGGCACGAUCGUGAUCGAGAACAUCACCAUCAGUCGAAGGAAAGCAAGGAAAGGCGACGGCGAUAGGCGUCUAGAAAUUUUAUGUGUGAUUGAGAUUUACGAAAUUUUAGUUUAGAUUUGCCACUACAAGAAAUGGCAACAACCGAUGUUUUAAACAGAAGGAGGCGAGUUCGAAAAUGGAUAAGGAGUGUUAUAUUAAUAGUGAUAUACAAAACUAUUUUGCAACCAAAUAUAACGUAGAAUAUUUACCUUUAGUAGCGAACAAGCGUUAGCCAAACGGUAGCUUUACAAUGUGACAUUAAAUUAUGAACAGGUCAUUCUACUUUAAAACCGACGCUAAACGCAUAACGAAAUACAAUCGCUUUCAAACUACUA